CGGAACGUGCGCGCCCGCGACUCCGUUUCCCUCCGGAGGCGUUUGCCCAGCGCCCCGCGUCCCUGGGGGGCGGCGGCGGCGGCGGCGGGCGGCGGCGGCGGCGGCGGGGGGAUCCGGAAGUCAACACCAUGUCGAGUCUGCACAAGAGCCGGAUUGCAGAUUUCCAGGAUGUCCUAAAGGAGCCCACGAUUGCCUUGGAGAAGCUUCGGGAACUUAGUUUUAGUGGCAUUCCCUGUGAGGGAGGACUGCGCUGCCUCUGCUGGAAGAUUCUCUUGAACUACCUCCCCUCGGAGCGAGCCUCGUGGGCCUCGGUCCUGGCCCGGCAGCGAGAGCUGUAUGCGCAGUUCCUGCGGGAAAUGAUCAUCCAGCCGGGCAUCGCCAAAGCCAACCUCGGGGUGUCCCGGGAGGACGUGACCUUCGAGGACCACCCCCUGAACCCCAACCCCGACAGCCGGUGGAACACCUACUUCAAGGACAACGAGGUGCUGCUGCAGAUCGAUAAGGACGUCCGACGGCUGUGUCCAGACAUCUCCUUCUUCCAGAGGCCCACCGAGUACCCGUGCCUCCUCAUCCUGGACCCCCAGAACGAGUUUGAGACCCUUCGAAAGCGUGUGGAGCAGACCACACUGAAGUCCCAGACCGUGGCCCGGAACCGGAGUGGGGUCACCAAUAUGAGCUCCCCACACCGGAACACCGCACCCGCCUCCCUGAGCGAGUACGCCGUGCUGCCCGCCGGCUCGGAGGCCCACUGGGAGGUGGUGGAGCGCAUCCUGUUCAUCUACGCCAAGCUCAACCCCGGCAUCGCCUACGUGCAGGGCAUGAACGAGAUAGUCGGGCCCCUCUACUACACCUUCGCCACCGACCCCAACAGCGAGUGGAAGGAGCACGCGGAGGCUGACACCUUCUUCUGCUUCACCAACCUCAUGGCCGAGAUCCGGGAUAACUUCAUCAAGAGCCUGGAUGACUCGCAGUGCGGCAUCAUCUACAAGAUGGAGAAGGUCUACUCCACGCUGAAGGAGAGGGACGUGGAGCUCUACCUGCGGCUGCAAGAGCAGAACAUCAAGCCCCAGUUCUUCGCCUUCCGCUGGCUGACGCUGCUGCUGUCCCAGGAGUUCCUGCUCCCCGACGUCAUCCGGAUCUGGGACUCCCUCUUCGCCGAUGACAGCCGCUUCGACUUCCUGCUCCUGGUCUGCUGCGCCAUGCUCAUCCUGAUCCGGGAGCAGCUGCUGGAGGGAGAUUUCACCGUCAACAUGCGGCUGCUGCAGGACUACCCCAUCGCUGACGUCUGCCGCAUCCUGCAGAAGGCCAAGGAGCUGCAAGACACGAAGUAGCAGGGUCGCCCCCAGGUUUGGACGAGAAGCCGCCACCCCCG